AUGCCUCAUAAAGUUGAAGAAGACAUCUCGCCAGUCAUCGACACAACCAUCCAACAUGGAGAUUGGCGCGAUGAUCUCUUUCGAGACGGAUUCGCCGUUGUCAAGGGUGUGAUGAGCCCCGAACGGGCAGCAUCCUACGUCGAAAGAAUGUUCAAGUGGUUGGAGACCUUCCCCUACGAUUUCGACCGCAAUGAUCCUUCGACAUGGGGACCAGAACAUCUUCCGAGGAACAUGAAACGCGGAAUGUAUCAUUCUUAUGGAACUCCGCACGAGGACUUCGUUUGGGAUGCGCGGACCGAGCCAGGAGUGCUGGAAGCAUAUGCCAAGCUCUGGGGCACCGAUGAACUGCUCGUCUCCUUCGACGGGAUAAACUUCACUCUUCCUCAGCCAGAUCGUCCCGACAUGAAGCCGUGGCCUCACAUUGACCAGGCGCCAAAGCGCAAGGGCCUCAUCUGUGCGCAGGGCAUCAUCAACUUCGCCCCCAACGGGCCACAAGACGGUGGUCUGGUUGUGGUUCGAGGCUCUCAUAACCACAUUGACCCGUACUUCAAGAAAUUCGGCAUCCCGUCGGAGUCAAGGACAUGGGGUUCAGAGGAUUAUUUUACCUUCACCCAAGAGGAAGUGGAUUGGUUCAAAGAGCAGGGUUGUGAGGUUGUCAAAGUCUGCGCCGGCCCAGGAGACUUGAUCAUCUGGGAUUCGCGGACAAUCCACUACAACCGGCUCCCGGAAAGUCAGCAGGUCCGAUCGAUCGUUUACGCUUGUUACGCGCCUGUCAGAUUUGCGAGUGAGGAAGACUUGAAGUUGAAGGCACAGCUUUUCCAUGAGCGCAAGCGAACGACACACUGGCCAAACAGGAACAUCUUUAGCAGCACGGACGGAGACGGAUUCCGCCUCGGCAAGCCGGACGCGUGUGAAAGAGUUAAACCGCUUAAUGAUGUCGUGGAGACGGACACUGUGCUACGGCUUGCAGGAGUGAAGAGUUACUGA